ACCAAUUUAUAUAUUUCAACUUCCCCACUUCUCUCCAUUCAUAACAAUUUCUAUAUAUUUUUUUCAUCUCUCUAAAAAAAUCCGCAUUGGUUCUUUUUCUGGAAAAGUUUCCAUAAAAAUCUUGUGUUUAUGUGUCAGAGAAUUUCCGUUUCAUUGUCGGUAAAGGAUAUUGGAUUUAUCAGGCGGUUUCCGUUGGGUUUAUAAAUCAUCAUUGGGUUUAUACAUUCGGAAAAUUUUGUAUGUUCUAAUAAUACGUUUUUGUUGAAUUGAAUUGAAUUAUGGGAAGGAAGAAUAGAGGAACAACGAAAGGGAGGGUCUCAAGACUUGGAGCUUAUGCGAUUGCUUCGUCAAUCGAUGAACCCAAUUCGAUUUCUUGUACCACCUUCAAUAUUCUCGCACCCAUUUAUAAAAGACUCAAUCAUGAGGACCAGAGUUGUAGAGAAAGCGAUUACAAGGCGAAUUGGUUGAGCAGGAACAAUAGGAUAUUGGAUUGGUUGUUGUUUGAGAGGUCUUCCAUUAUUUGUCUUCAGGAAUUCUGGGUUGGUAAUGAAGAACUUGUUGGUAUGUAUGAUAAGAGGCUCGGAGAUGCAGGAUAUAAUAAUUUCAAGCUUGCACGAACCAAUAAUCGUGGUGAUGGUCUUCUGACGGCUGUUCAUAAGGAUUACUUCAAGGUUAUAGCUCACAGAGAGUUGCUUUUCAAUGAUUUUGGUGACCGUGUUGCUCAGCUAUUGCAUGUUGAACUACUUGCACCUUUUGCACAAUGUCGAACCAAUAACGUUCGGCAAGAAAUGUUGAUAGUGAACACACACCUUUUGUUUCCUCAUGAUUCAAGUUUCUCUAUGGAACGACUGCGACAGGUCUACAAGAUAUUGCAAUAUGUGGACUCAUAUCAGAAAGAAAAUAAGCUUAACCCCUUGCCAAUCAUUCUGUGCGGUGACUGGAAUGGGAGCAAGCGCGGCCAUAUUUACAAAUUCCUCAGAUCUCAAGGAUUUGUAUCAUCGUAUGAUACUGCUCACCAGUACACUGAUACUGAUGCUCAAAAGUGGGUGAGCCACCGUAAUCACCGCGGAAACAUCUGUGGUGUGGAUUUUAUAUGGCUUUUGAAUCCAAAUAGCUACAGGAAAUUGCUGAAAACAAGUUGGAGAAAUGCAAUUUUCAGUAUGUUCAAGUAUCAACUUCGUCGUGCCUCGUUGACUGAGAAAGAUGCAUUUGCUUUCCUUAAAGCUGACAGUGAUGGUGAUUACAUUACAUAUUCUGGGUUUUGUGAAGCACUCCGGCAGCUUAAUUUGAUUGGACAAUGCUAUGGGCUGACCGCUGAGGAGAUAAACGACUUGUGGUUGCAAGCAGAUAUAGAUGGAAAUGGAGUUCUGGAUUACAAUGAAUUCCAGCAGCAUCGGGUAUGGAACCCCUCACGGUCAGAGCCAAGAGAUGGUAUAUGCGAUGAGUCAUGGGAUGGCAUUGUUAGUGAUACAGAAGAAACAAUUGGUUUUAGUGUCAAGAAUGCAGUUCUCUUCCCCACCGAAGCUGAGAAAGGAACAUGGCCCGAAGAUUAUUCACUUUCUGAUCACGCCAAACUUACUGUGGUAUUUUCACCUGUAAGAAUGCUAUGCUGUCAAUUGUCCCGUUAGUUUCUUGAAUGUUGAUUGCCUUGGAACUGAAUUUUAAGUAAAAAAGACUUGAGGGUUGUAGCCAGACUACAAGAUUCUAAAACUGCUGCCUGAGUUCUCGAACUGGGAGACUUAUGCUUGCUUCCAACUGAGCUCUGCUGAAGAUAAUAAUACCAUCUUGAGGCACACAUAGUGUAUCUAAGUAAGAUAGUACAAGAGGGUGCCCAGUCUUUCGGAAGAGAUAUGGCUGAUGCCUGGAUCUUGGAGUUCAUUCAAAGUGUCUAUUCAUGUCGAUCAAGACUUACUCUAGCGUUCAAGUAUAAUGCCAUAAUGGGGUUCAUGUCGGCAUUUCCUCUUCUUACUCUCUACAUGUUCCAUGCUCGUAUAUAACGGUAGAGGUGGAAGUAUAUAGAGUAAGUAGGAAAUGUAAAUAUUUAGUUUUAAUGAAAGAUGUAGUAGCUUAGAGAC